UCGAGGCUGCCGAGGCUGCCAAGGCUGCGGGCCCUGAGGACGCGGCGGCGGCCAGCGCGGCUGAGGGUCCGGUUCGCGGCGCGGGGCCGAGGAGGGGUCACGGCUAGAGGACUCCCUGAGGUCCUGUCCCCCGGGCCACUGUGACUGGGUUUGCACUGGAGUGGAAGGCGCUGGAAGGCAGGCCGGCUGCUAUGUCCACAUUCAAGCAGGAAGAUGUGGAAGACCACUAUGAGAUGGGGGAGGAGCUGGGCAGCGGCCAGUUUGCGAUUGUGCGGAAAUGCCGGCAGAAGGGCACCGGGAAGGAGUACGCGGCCAAGUUCAUCAAGAAGCGCCGCUUGUCGUCCAGCCGCCGGGGGGUCAGCCGGGAGGAGAUCGAGAGGGAGGUGAACAUCCUGCGGGAGAUCCGGCACCCCAACAUCAUCACACUGCACGACAUCUUUGAGAACAAGACCGACGUGGUGCUCAUCCUGGAACUGGUCUCGGGCGGGGAGCUCUUCGACUUCCUGGCGGAGAAGGAGUCGCUGACAGAGGACGAGGCCACCCAGUUCCUCAAGCAGAUCCUGGACGGCGUCCAUUACCUGCACUCCAAACGCAUCGCCCACUUCGACCUCAAGCCAGAGAACAUCAUGCUCCUGGACAAAAAUGUGCCGAACCCGCGGAUCAAGCUCAUCGACUUCGGCAUCGCCCACAAAAUCGAAGCAGGGAAUGAGUUCAAGAACAUCUUUGGCACCCCGGAGUUCGUGGCUCCCGAGAUCGUCAACUACGAGCCCCUGGGUCUGGAGGCGGACAUGUGGAGCAUUGGUGUCAUCACCUACAUCCUUUUGAGUGGCGCGUCCCCAUUCCUGGGAGAGACCAAGCAGGAGACCCUGACCAACAUCUCGGCCGUGAACUACGACUUUGACGAGGAGUACUUCAGCAACACCAGCGAGCUGGCCAAGGACUUCAUCCGCCGGCUGCUCGUCAAAGACCCCAAGAGGAGAAUGACCAUCGCCCAGAGCCUGGAGCAUUCCUGGAUCAAGGCGAUCCGGCGGCGGAACGUGCGGCGAGAGGACAGUGGCCGCAAGCCGGAGCGGCGGCGCCUGAAGACGGCCCGCCUCAAGGAGUACACCAUCAAGUCACACUCGAGCAUGCCCCCCAACAACACCUACGUCAACUUUGAGCGCUUCUCCAAGGUGCUGGAGGAGGUGGCGGCGGCCGAGGAGGGCCUGCGUGGGCUCGAGCACAGCCGGCGCCUGUUCCAUGAGGACAUCGAGGCGCUGACGGCAAUCUACGAGGAGAAAGAGGCCUGGUACCGCGAGGAGAACGAGAGCAUCGGCCAGGACCUGCGGCGGCUGCGCCAGGAGCUGCACAAGACCGAGGCGCUCCAGCGGCAGGCCCAGGAGGAGGCCAAGGGUGCCCUGCUGGGGGCCAGCGGGCUCAGGCGCCGCUUCAGCCGCCUCGAGAACCGCUACGAGGCGCUGGCCAAGCAGGUGGCCUCCGAGAUGCUGUUCGUGCAGGAUCUGGUGCAUGCCAUGGAGCAGGAGAAGCUGCAGGGCGGGGAGUGCAGCCUCCGCUAGGGCCGCUCGGGGCGUGGUGUCCUGCACCCCGGGGGAGCCCCCCGUCACCCUGGUAUGGCCCUGGAUGUCCACGGCUGAGGGGAGGGCUUUGGCCCGGCUCUGCGCCAGGAGGACGUGGCUGACCUGGGCCUUCUCUGUGCAACCCAAGUCGUCAUCCACGGGCCCCGGCUCAGCCCCUCCCUCCUGCAACUCGACUCUGGGGGCUUCCGGGGCAGCAUCACCUCAGGAACUCUGCAAGGGGUUGGCACCGCCAAGACAGCUCUGGCCGUGGUGGACACAGAUGCCUCACACGUGGCAGGGUGUAGGGGUGGCAGCCUCCAUGUGCAGGGCCUGGGUCAGCGGCUGCAGGCCCUCCAUGUGGUUUGAGUGCAUGGAGCCUUGGUGUGGGGACGGGGGUGUCUGAGUGCCCCGGGCUCGCCCCAGGGCUCAGAAUUGGAGGGGCCUCUGCUCGACACCCCGGCUCCUCCUGUUCUGGAGACGGAUGGUUGCUCCUCCAGGGUCCGUGGUGGAGGUGGGCUCUGAGCCCAGCUCUUAAGAUCCCCCAGCCCCUCGCAGGGCCCCCAGCCUGGGGCUGGGCACCAGGGCCAGAGCUGAGGAGAUGACACAGCCCUCGAGGAGAUGUGGGUCUGGGGGUUGUAUUGGGGGCAGUGUGUGGCAGGGCACAGCGCCCGGAUGCAGUAAAGGAAACAUCUGCAAAGCUGAGUCUCCACUCCCUCCCUGAGGCAGGCCCACUCGGGGCGGGGAAGGGGGUGAAGAGCUGUGGCCGCAUGGAGCCUCCCGUGGGCAGGCUGUGGAACCAUCCCCUUCUCUCCAGCUCCCUGUCAACGCACAGCGCUGACUCUGAGAGCCAUCGGCGGGGGUCCCACCCGCUGCCUUGCCCUGUCUCUCUCCCUCCCCCAGUGCUGCCUUCAGGACAGCACCUCUCAGCUGGGCCCCCCGGAGUAGCUGCUGGAGGCCCGUGUUCCCAGCGUCCCCUCCUGGAGAGCCCCAGGGCCCCUUACACACGCCCCACCCCAUGUUCUGUGCCGCCCAUUUGACUGCCUCUGCUGGCCUGGUGUUUCCAGGGACCCCCUCUCCGGUGGAGGUGGAGCCUUGGCGAGUGCUGGCCUGAACCACAGGGUUAAGAGGGUUUCAGCGGGCAGUGCCGCUGUGCGCCACUAGGUGCUGCCCUGGAGUGGGGUCUUGUGCCCCAGAGAGAGUGCCCUGAGAGCCAGGUUUCAGUGGAACGUGAGUCCCCGGCUGGUGGCCCCUCUGAGCUCAGAAUUCUCUGCUGCUGGUUGUGUUAAUCGAGGGACCCCUGUGCAGCACCCCUUUGGCCUGAGAGGAGUCCUCGGGACAGAGGCCAGCCCGGGCCGAGUGCAGCGAGGAGCUGGGCAGGUGGGCGGGUACUCCACCUGUGGCCCUGGCUGGGGCUCAGGCCCAGGACCCUGCGGGGCCGAGGAGGCCUUGGGACCUGGACGUGGGGCUGGCACGGGUGGGGGUCGGCCUGCUGUAUGCCCCUCACGAGCUCCACUGCGUGACACACAUGCCUCUAAGCGUAUGCGUGCUGCUCGGAGGCGCGUGUGUCAGCCUAGAGGAAGUGAAGCGUGGCUUCCCUGGGGUCCUGCUCGUCUCUGCUUGGGCACGAGCAGGGGCGGCCAGCCUUGGCAGUCAUCUGGUGCCACAGCCUCUCCGGCCUCUUGUAUCUCCCUCUCUCUGUCACUGCCUGCUCCCACAGCCCUGGGGGCCUUGGAGGCUGCUCUGGUCUUGGGGCUCAGGUUGACUGGGCUUCUUGUCGUUGCUAUGAGGUGGAGGCGUCCAGGCAGCUGGAGUGGGCUUGGAGGGGUUUCCUGUCCCUUUGCUCCUGAGAUGCUGCCGGGUCACAUGUGGGCUCCCCUGCCCUGCUUUGGGCCUUCCGGGAGGAGAUGUCCUUGCCGCUCCUGCUCCCACUCGCCUCUGCCUCUGGGUCUGGAACGUGGUUCCAAAGAAGGCCCUUCUGAGCCUCUUCCUCCUUCCCAGCGGCCUGCUCAGCCCUCUGUUGCCUCGUUCCGUGCAUCCCUCCCCCUACUGGUUUUUUUAAACUAAUUUUAGAAAAAUUGAGAUAAGGCUCACUGUACAAUUCAUCCCUUUUCAUUUGUCUGUUUUUGAUCAACAACUUCCACUUUUAAAGUCUCAGUAAAUUUCAGUUUGUCAGAUGGUUGGACCCACUCAGGUUUCUCCAGUUGGUCUGUGAUUGCUCCACAGCUGUCACCUGGUUAUUAGGCCUUCAAGGCAGGACCCUGAG